AUGGACCCCAUGUAUCAAGACGAGGGUUUCAGUGAAACUUACUCACACAACCCCAGAUCGAGAACCUCCAGCACCACCGCAGGGUCGACGACAGAAGGCCUCUUCCAGGGUUUACGACUUGCCGAGUCUCCGGCCUACACGCCUUCCACCUUCGAGUCUUCGUCUUAUACCACCAGCAGACCGCCAUCAUCGCAGGAACUUGCCUCGCCACCGUAUCUGAGCCCGAGCUUACCCCACUCGGUCGCCUACCUGCCCACGCCUGCCUCCCAGCACCAGCCGCACUACCAGCGACUAGCAGAGGGAGUCUUGGAUGCAGACUGGUUCGAGGCAGAUCGACCCCAGGGCACGCCUCUACUCCGAGUAGAACACGCCCCAAGACACGCGGAGCCGUCGGCGUCGUCACCACCACCGCUUUCGACUAUCCAACCGGGAACUAUGAGCACUGUCGCCCUCUCGUAUGACGCUGGAUUCAGCAUGGGAGCGAGGUCUGCUUUUACUUGGCCAGAAGCCUUUGCUCACAACCUGCCAGUGAUGGAGACGGGAAAUUCUCUCAUGGGCCCUGAAAUGGGCCACUACGGAUCUGAAGCUAGCCUGACGCCCCCCAGCGCGUCGAGAUCGGUUACCGGAAGCCCCCCAAGAGGGACGCUCACCCCGGACCAGCGAGAACUCAAGAGACAGCGAGACCACGCCCGGCACAACUCCAAGAUGAACGUCCGGAACCGGAGAACGGGAAGCAGCUCUUCCUCAGUCUACUCACCACCAGUCACAAUGGCCGAUUUGUCAACGGGCUCAUCGAGCAUGCCUGUCUACACUACCGCACCGCCUCAAAUCUCCCUCUUGGCCGAACCCUCGUCGUCGCAGUACUUGCCGUCCUUUUCACCGCCUCUCUCGGACCACAACCAAGCCGGCAUGUUUGCCAGCCACUACCCUCCGCCGUCAUACAUGACCGACUAUGGCUACCCUACGACGACAGCGCCGAGCUUGUCGUCACACUAUGGGAGACCGAUCAUGCCAGACCCCAACCUUGGCAUGUACUCAGGCCCGCCAGUGAUGGGCCCCGGUCCCCAGGACGCUUCGGGUCAAGUUAGAGUGGUCCAGAGCCGGCCAAAACCUCAAUGCUGGGAGCACGGAUGCAACGGGCGUCAAUUCUCUACAUUCAGCAACCUACUUCGGCACCAGCGCGAGAAGUCGGGGCAAGCCGCAAAAGCAUCGUGCCCCAACUGCGGUGCCGAGUUCACCCGAACGACAGCGAGGAACGGCCACCUAUUACACGACAAGUGCAAGCAGAGGAAAAGCGGCUAG